AUGGAGGCAAUUAUGAUGGCAACAUUGUUUUUACGACUGAUUUACAGAUGGUUGAAGGGCGUCGUCCAAGACCAACGACCCGAGUACAGCAUGAGUACACAAACCUCCUUAUUACAACUACCGCUAGAACUGCUUCUAGAGGUCGCGAAGUACCUUGAUGACUGUUCCUGCGCCUCUCUAUGUCUUAGCUGCAAAAGUUUGAGCAAUCUAUUAUGGAAGUCAGACGAUUUUAACGAUCUAAAGCUACCCAAUGAUGCGCCAUGGUGUGCACAGUUACGGCAAUUCAAAGCACCUUACAACGAACGUCGCAAGCUCCUUUGGUUGCUUCAAGAUGAUAAUCGAUGGCUUUACUGCUCCAGUUGCAUUAUGCUUCACCCUUUCAACGACUUCACAAAGCAAGAGCAAGCGUGUGAUCUGACAAAGAGAAGUUGCCUCUAUGAACCUAAAAUGGCGAAAUGGCAACGACUUCGUGAGUUAUUGGACUCAAGAGUUAUCAGAGUCUGUCCAUGCCUAGAAAUAAGCAGCCACGAAAAGCGAAAAAUACUCAACGAUAUCAUCAAACGUUACGAAGACCAAUUUGGCCUUCCAUUCCCAUACCAUUAUACAGACACCUUACUAAGAAAUCCUCGCGCUAUACCCCCAUUGCAUAUAUGCGAGCAUACCUAUAAUAACGGCACAGACAAAGUCGCAGUCUCCUACAGCUACGUCGUCGACAUCCACGCAGAUCUUGAACUUAUCACGCAAUACGACUAUGAAUACGCGCUUGACCCUAAACCCAAUCCCAACGCCAAAGAACGAACUCAUCUGCCCGUACAAAUCUGCCCUCACAAAUACCUCGACACCUUCGUCAACGAUAUCAUGCGAUGCCGCUCAGCAUAUUCCCUAGUUCUAUAG